AUGUCCUCGAAGAAGCCCACUGGCCGUUCGGCCAUUGCCGACGUUGUCGCCCGCGAGUACACGAUCCACCUCCACAAGAGGUUACACGGCGUUACCUUCAAGAAGCGGGCGCCGCGGGCCAUCAAGGAGAUCAAGAAGUUCGCCUACCAGGCUAUGGGCACGACCGAUGUCCGCCUGGACCCCCAGCUCAACAAGAAGGUCUGGGAGGCUGGUGUCAAGGGUGUUCCCUUCAGACUGCGCGUGCGCAUCUCCCGGAGACGAAAUGACGAGGAGGACGCCAAGGAGAAGCUGUACAGCUUCGUGCAGGCCGUGAACGUCAAGAACGCCAAGGGUCUCCAGACUGUUGUGGUCGAGGAGUAA